AUGCAACCCACAGACUCCCAAACUCUUAUCGCCCAGUUGCCCCCGGUCCUCACAGGGAAACUGAGUCACAUACUGCCUUUCGUUCUUCUAACACGAGAUGCGACUGCAGAGAAGAGGAGGCGCUGGCACAGGCAGAAAUCGGCGUUACAGAUCGCCGUGCCGAGGCCGCGACCGCGGUCUGUGCCGCGCCGAGGGCAGCGCGCACCUCCCGGGCGCGCCGGGCAGCUGCUGCCCACCGCAGAGCGCCCUCGGGGGUCCCUCCCGGAGGGUCCCCUUCUCCCGAACAACGACCCCCGCCGCCCGAUCCCUCCCCAGGGACCCUUUCCGCCGAGCCCCGAUACCCGCAGCGGGGUCUACGCCCUUGCCCCCACGACAAGGACUGCCCUGCCCGAAAGCGCCGGGGAUGGUGCGGGGGCGACCCGGGCCGGGGAGAGAGAGGAGCGCACUGAGGCCUCUCUGAGCCCCUGCGGCGGAGUCCUACCUUCCCAGCGGCGGAGACCGCGGCAGCCGGGGCCGCUGACCGGGUUCCCGGGCAGGGAGACUCCCCUCGCCCCUAAACAUGAUGAGCGGCUUUCCCCUCCCCUCCCCUCCCGGGGCUUGCGGGAAAGCAAGCGAGAAAGAACGGCUUCGGGAGCUGCGUCCGACCCGCACUGGCUCCUUAAAGCUCUUAUCCUCGAUGUCGUGGCACGUGGCCAUGGAGGCUAUGAUUCUGAUUUUAGUGAUGAGGAGAGUGGAGAGAAGUCUCUGCAAAAGACUAAAAGAAUACAGGAUGAUGCCCUUCUGAUAAAGCCAUUCCAAAAAGCAAAACAAGGCAGUGUGGUACACAGACAAUUUGCAGCUGAAGAAUGUGAUAGGGAAGAAGCAAGAAAAAGAAGAUUUCACUUGAUAUCGAUGGAUGCUUAUGAAAGACAUAAAAAGUUUGUGCAUGACUACAUUUUAUACUAUGGCGGCAAAAUAGAGGAUUUCCGAAGAUCUGGAGCAAAUGACAAGACGGAUCUUGAUGUUAUUAGAGAAAACCAUAGAUUCCUGUGGAAUGAAGAAGAUGAAGCAGAGAUGAAUUGGGAGAAGAAGCUUGCAAAGAAGUAUUAUGACAAGUUGUUCAAAGAAUAUUGCAUAGCAGAUCUCAGCAGAUACAAAGAGAAUAAGUUUGGAUUUAGAUGGCGACAUGAGAAAGAAGUGAUUUCAGGAAAAGGGCAGUUUUCCUGUGGAAAUAAACACUGUGAUGAGAAUGAAGGCCUGAAGAGCUGGGAGGUAAAUUUUGGUUAUGUUGAACAUGGCGAAAAGAGGAAUGCACUUGUGAAAUUGAGACUAUGUCCAGAAUGUUCCCACAAACUAAACUUCCAUCACCGGAGGAAAGAAGUCAAAACAUGCAAGAAGAGAGGUGCUGCUGCACAGAACUCUAAAGAGCCAAAAAAAAAGAAGAAAAAAUUGUCUCGUUCAGCAAAAAAGAAGUCCAAAAAAAAGACCCAUAAAGAUCAAGUUUCUUCAGAUGAUUCAGAUAGUUCUGACAAAGAUUCAGAUAACAGCAGUGCAGAAGAUGGUCCUUCAAAAGCUGACUUUGGGAAAGGUCCUCUCCGAGAAGCAGAUGAAAAAUCACGGGGAGAGGAGUUUGAGGAGUAUUUUCAAGACUUAUUUCUCUAAAACUUGCAAUUGAUGUAGGCUGAUUUUCUUCAUGAGUUGUCAAGAUGUAAGUCUGGAAAUCCAGUCAUAAUUUUCCAGAGACCUCUAUCUGCCAGCAUACCUUUUCUACAGUCACUCUAUGGACCAUUUGGGUGGAUUGUCCUUGUAGAAGACUUCAAAUCUCAAAACUUUCUGUUUCUUGUAGUAGUCUGCAUACUCUUGAAACAAGAGAAAUAAUUUUUUCCCUUCAGUGCAAAAUAUAUGUGGCACCCAAACUUAAACAAAUAAGAAUAUAGUUUUAUUAACAUUACAACAAGGAAGUUCACUGCUUUUAUUUUAUCCCAAACUUCGUUUAUUGCCAGAUUUUCGUAAAGGAGCAUUUUGUAAGAUUCUGUGAGUAGU